AUGGCAGACGACUCUUCAGGCUCGUCGCGGCCUAUCGCAGGUCCCUCAUCCCAACCGGACAACCCAGCCAUUGAACAGCCAAGCAACGGCGGCAUGCCAUCACUGGAAGCCCUAGCAUCAGGCCCAUACGCCACCGACGCACAAAUCCCGCAUCCACCGCCCUUCUACCACUCUGCAUCACAAGCAGCAUCCUCGUCGAUCGCAUCCAUACGUUCCUCUCUUCAUCGCUUCCCCACACCCAUCCUCAAGAUCCAACGUGUCAACCAGCUCGAUGCCGAGCUUCUCGAUCGCGAACUUGCCGAGCUUCUUCUCGACCCUGUCAAGAAAGCACUUGGCACCAUCCGCUCAACCCUCCCUUCUGACCUCGAGCCAGAACUCCUCCUAUUGCUCAAGCUUGCUCUGUUCAAAUUUAGCAUCGUCGACCGCGGCGCUUCUUACGGAUCCAUGCUGCAGAACCUCAAAUACCGCAACGAAUGGGCUCAUCGAGGCGCACUCCAAUCAACAGCACGUGAUCAACCACUCUCCCAAUUGCAGCUUACACUAUACCCACUGCUCACCAUCAUAGCCCCCUACGCUGGCUCAAAAUGGAAAGACCACAUGACAUCACUCAGCUACUCCGAUAUGCCUAACAAUGACCCGCGGCGGUUACUCUGGAAGCUUACGCACGCAUCACAGCGCCUAUGGUCCGCUCUAGUGUUGGCCAACUUUGCACUCUUCUUGGCAGGCGGAAAGUUCAGGAGUGUAGCAGAUCGAGUGUUGGGCAUGCGGCUGACAUAUGCGCAUAGGACAAUGAAUCGCAACGUUUCCUUCGAGUUCCUGAAUCGACAGCUGGUCUGGCAUGCUUUCACAGAGUUCUUGCUCUUUUUGCUGCCACUAGUCAGGCCGAAGCGCCUCUUAAGGAGGCUGUUGAAGCUUCCCACCCACCCCAAGCUUCUCGCUGUCGUGUUCAAGUCCCUGCCAUUGGCGAUCAGCACAAGCUUGGGUAUCAGGCAGGAUGCAGCUGGACGCACACGUUUCAACAGGAGCGACAUUUCAGUACCUAUCCUAAAGAACAUCGUUGGCGGCAGCUCCAAGUUUAUCGCGAAGGCCAAGAAGGCUCCCACAGAAGAAGUUGAAGCGGAGGAAGGACCGUACGCACACCUCCCGGUCGAAGUAUGCGCAAUAUGCUAUCAGCGUCUAGAAUCACAAUCCGGCCUUAGACGAGAUCCUACCAAGAUCGGCACAGGAGCACUCAGCAUGGGCAUCCCAACCUCAGACCCGCUCGAUCCGAGCUCUGGCUUGCUUGCGCCCAACAGGCCCAACUCUGCCUCGCAGCCACUAAAUGCUGGGACAGGAGCGACCGGCUCGGACCCAGCAAGAAAUGCAGUGUUGGGCGUGUCUUCCGACGGUAUCACGUAUGCAGAUGCGAUUGUUACCACGCCUUACGAGACAGUACCGUGCCAUCACGCCUACUGCUAUGUUUGCAUCGCCAAGCAGCUUCUAGACGAGGAAAUGGAGGAUGAGCUUGACGAGGAAGAUGAUCACGGUCAGAGAGGUUGGCAGUGUUUGAGGUGUAACACGAGGGUUAGGGAGACAAGGCGAGCAGCGGUGGCUCAGCUCAGCGGCGAUCAGCUUGAUACGAAUGAUGAAGCGAGCGGUGCUGAGAAGGAGGAGGAGGAAUACGAGAAGGAGGAGGAGGAAUACGAGAAGGUAUAG